CCUGACCUAAAUAUUGGGGUGGUUCCUUUUCAAAUUUCGCAGCAUAUGCCGAGAGUGGGCAUCUUUCUAGGUUUUGAAUAUAGAAUAUAUUUGUUUUGAUGGUAUAUUCUUAGAGUAUAAGGCAUAUCCUAAAAAGCUUGACGUUUUCUUCGAGGACUUGUCGGUGGGACACAUAAAAUAGUGCUGUUCUCCUCACUCUCUAGUCUCGCACUUCCGGCCAUGGCGAGCUUUGAAGUGCAAGAGCGCCAAGUCUCAAUGAUCUCUCCCGAGAAGAAACUGGAAGAUGCCCACUACUCCAAGCUUCCAUUCACGACUUUCGACAUAAUGCAAAAGAGAAGCAGCAUGCCUUACCUCCAGCGCGUUUGCUUCUUCGAAUCCAAAGGCGGUAGCAGUAGCAGUAACGAGAGCUUGAUUGAGAGGAUGAAGGCGAGCUUGGCCAAAGUCCUGGUAGAUUUCUAUCCCUUAGCUGGAAGGCUAGAGAUAAAAAACGAGGGAGACAGACCUGUGAUCUCUUGCAGCGGAGCCGGCGUUGAGUUCUGCGUCGCUGAUGCAAACGUCUCCCUGGAGGAGCUCGAUUACUCCCAGCCCCGGCCGUGGUUCUCCAAGCUGAUCAAAAGAGGAAACUAUGAGUUUAGUGGCUUGUCGACCAACAUACCUUUCAUCACUAUCCAGGUGACCGAGUUUCGCUGCGGAGGCGUGUGUGUUGCUUGGUCGUAUGAUCAUCUCGUCAUGGACGGCAGCUCGCAGUGGCAAUUCAUGUGUUCCUGGUCCGAGAUCUGUCGAGGCCUUCCCAUCUCCAGGCCUCCAACUCACGACCGGUUUUUCGAGCAGCAGCACGAGCAGUUCUCCAGCAUAACCCCGACCAGUUCCCUUUCAUGUGUCUUCGAGGACGUUUCCACUGGCAUGGAGGCCAAGAUCUUCGAGUUCGAUGACGAGACUAUCGAGAGGCUUAAGUUCUUGGCGUCGGGUCGUUUCUCAGCGUUCGAGGUCGUGGCGUCACAGGUCUGGAUAGCACUUUGCAAGGCUCGCGAUCUUCCAGCGUCUCAGAAAACCAGCCAUCAGCUUCCACUCAACUGUAGAAGCCGGCUGAGCACUCCUCUCCCGGCGGGCUACUUUGGAAACUGUGUGCUCUGUGCGUUGGCCGAGUCCACAGCCGGGGAACUUGUGACUGGAGGGCUUCCAUUCACGGCAGCUGUUGUCCACGAGGCAAUCACGAGUUUCAAGAAGGAUGAGAUCCGCUCGGCAAUUGCCAUCUACAACGAAGACACCAAAGGGACUAGCCCGUUCAGCAAAGGCGUGACAGAUGGUGUGGAUACCUGGGGUGGCAGCUCUCCAAGAUUUCCAAUGUAUAGUCUGGACUUUGGAUGGGGGAAACCAGCCGCUGUUCGACACGCUACGAAGCUGUGGAACGGCUUCUGCUUCUACGACCCGUCACCGAGAGGUGGUAAAGCCAUUGAAGCCACGGUGUACCUUUCUCCUGAAACAAUGGCGAAGUUCAGUGAGGAAGUCAAGACGAAUCAAUCAAUCCGUGCCUGCUGUUUAGAAUAUAAUAUCCCCGAGCCUCUAGGAGUCCGUGCUGUUUCUGUGCUGCUUUGCUUGUCACUGCGAGUUCGGGCUUGGAUCUCCGACGGGAUGAAGAUGAAAAUGGACGACUUUCAAGUGAAAAUCACCGAGGUACAUCUUGUCUCGCCUGCAGAUCCCACAGAGAGGUGUCAGCUCCCCUUCACAACAUUCGAUCUAAUGCAAAAGAGGGACUCCAUGCCAUACCUUCAAAGAGUAGCGUUCUAUGAAUCCACAGGUAAAGACGCAGAUCUCCUCGUCCGCCACAUGAAGGAGGGCCUCGCCAAAGUUUUGGUGGACUUCUAUCCCUUUGCCGGAAGGAUAAGUUUCUCAGGAGGUGGCAUGCCGGAGCUGGAUUGCAACGACCAUGGCGUCGAGCUGAGCGUGGCCGAGGCCAAUGCGUCACUGGAAGAGCUGGACACCUCUCAGUACUCACCGCUGUUUAAGAAGCUCAUACUGCGUGGGAACUACGAAGAGACCACCAUGACCGGCACAGCACCACUCUUCGCUGCUCAGGUGACUAAGUUCAAGUGUGGAGCUGUGUCAGUCGCUUGGUCCUUCGAUCACCUGGCAGUCGAUGGCAUCGCGAUGAUGCACUUCAUCACCUCCUGGGCCGAGGCAAGCAGCGGCAAGCCGAUCUCCAAGCCUCCAGUCCACGACCGCUACUUUGAGCGGAGGAACAAAGAUCUGGCAGCCAAAGUUGAUGAUUCCGCUCCAUUCCAGUACACCUUCGUGGAUCCAACAGCUGGAGUGGAGUCCAGGAUCUUCUCCUUCGACGAAGACGAGGUGGAGAAGAUGAAAAAACUCGUGCUCGAAGGAAACUCCGACCAGCAAGAGAACGGAGAACACGAGAGCUUCACCACCUACGAGGCCGCUGCGGCACACUUUUGGGUGGAGCUCUGCCGUGCUCGAGAUCUUCCAAAGUCGCAGACGACGAGAGCCCAGAUUGCCGUCAACUGCCGUCCAAAGAUCGUGCCGCCGUUGCCACAGGAAUACUUCGGCAACGUUGUUCUCCCCGGAUUGGCGGUGUCCACCAUCGGCGAGCUCACGGUACCCGGCAGCAAGGCGGUGGCGGCCAGGCUGCUCAAGAAAUCCAUCAGGAGCUUUGGAAUGGAGGAGAUCCGGUCGCAAAUCCAGAGCUACCACGAAAACUACCGCAACAAAAAUCCAAUGGCGCAGGGGCUGACCGAUGGAGUGGACAUCUUCUUUGGGAGCUCGUUGCGGCACCCUCUGUACGAGGUGGAUUUCGGAUGGGACAAACCUGUGGCGGUGCGCCAUGGACGAUUCCUAUGGGACGGCUUCUGCUUCUUCGAUCCAAGCCCUAGGGGCGGGAGGAGCAUGGACAUCACCGUACAUUUGCUGCCUCCAAUCAUGGCCAAAUUCGCUACCACAAUCAAAAUGCUAGAACCCUAAAAUGGUACUUUUAUAAUUUCACGUUUUAUUUUUUAA